GGAUGAAGGGAAGGGAAGAAAGGGUAGAAGGAAGGAAAUGAAGGAAGGAAAAAGGGAAGGAAGGAAAGAGAAAAGGAAGGAAGUAAAAGAAGGGAAAAGGAAGGAAGUAUUGAAUGUACCAAGGAAGGGAGGGAGGAAGGAAUGAGGAAAGGAAAGAAGGAAAGAAAAAGGGAAGGGAGGGUAGAAGGAAGUAAUGAAUGUAUGAAUAGGAGGGAAGGAGGGAAGAAGGAAGGAGGAAAGGAAGGAGGAAAGAAAAAAAGGGAGGGAAAAAGGAAGUAAUGUAUGUAAGAAGGAAGGAAGAGAGGAAGGAGGAAGGGAAGGGAGGGUAGAAGGAAGUGAAGGAAGGAGAAAAGGAAGGAAGGAAAAUGAAAGGGAAGGGAAGAGAGGGAAGAAGGAAGUAAUGAAGGUAUGGAGGGAAGGAGCGAAGGAGGAAGGAGGAAAGAAAAAGGGAAGGGAACAGAAGGUAGAAGGAAGGAAAGGAAGGAAGGGAAGGAAGGGAGGGAGGAAAAGAGGGAAGAAAGAAAAGAGAACAGGAGGGAAGAAGGAAGUAGUGAAUGAAUGAUGGAAGGUGGGAAGGGAAAGGAGGGAAGGAAGGAAAGGAAAUGUAGAAAGGAAAAGGAAGGGAGGGUAAGAGGAAGUAAAGAAAAGGAAAAAAGGAAGGGAAAGGGAGAAGGAAAGGAAGGAAAAGGAAGAAGGGAGGAUGGAAGGAAGGGAAAGGAACGAAAAGGAAGGGACAAAGGAAAAGGAAGGAAGGGAGGGUAGAAGGAGGGAAGAAGAAGAUAGAAGAAAUGAAUGGAGGGAGGGAAAAGGGAGGAAGAAAAAAGGGAAGUGAGGAAAGAAGGAAGGAGGGAGGGAAUGAAGGAAAAAGGAAAGAAAAGAGUAGGAAGGAAAAGAGGGAAGAGGAAAGGAGGGAAGAAGGAAGUAAUGACGGAAGGUAGGAAAGGAAAGGGAAAAAGAAAGGAAAGAAAGAAAAAGAAAAAAGGAAGCUAAAUUUCCACUCAACCAUGGAAAAAUAUGUUUCCCCCCUUGUUAUGUUGCCUAUAUUUAUAUUUAUUUAUCUCAUUUAUUCGGCUGCCCAUCUUACAGAUGGAUGACAAGCUGCCAAAAAGCUAUAAAAAUUUGACUUUAAAAAAAAAAAAAGUUAAAUAUUUCUUUGGGGCCUGCGUUGGUUCAUUCAGGGACCGUUCCUGGUUACAAUGUCCCUGAAAAAAAAAAAAGGUGGAUGAUUAAGGACUGUUUGUGUCACACUUAACGACUGUCGCGCCUCAAAAUUCGCAUGCUUGGCAACCGACUCAUAUUUACAACGGUCGCAGCAAUCCCCUUUCCAACAGGCAAAGUUGUCAGCGGGGGCAGAAACCCAAUUCGCUUAAUCUCCCAGGAGGCUCAUGUGAUCAUGUGAUCCGCUCUUGCAACCCAAGUCUGAUUCAUUUAACGACCAUAUUACUCACAUAAACGACUGGAGGGAUUCACCCACAGUGGCCAGAAAUGUCGUAGAACGAGGCGAGAGCCACUUCAGAAAUGUCUCACUUAGCAACAUGAAUUUGGGGCUCCCUUGUGGUCAUAACUUGAGGACUUCCUGUGGUUGGCGUUUUGUUUACAAAAUGAUGGCACCAUUUUUAUGGAAUUCCCUUCUGAGGAGGGAAUUUAAAAACCAGGAAAAAAAUCAGACACCUAUCAUUGAUUGAUGAAUGACAGGUAUCUGGUUUUUUGUCAAACGUUUAAAUUGUAUUUUAAUUUAUAUUGUUUGGCUGUCUUGCAGCUCCCUCAUUUACGGGAUAUGUUUAUUUUGCCUUCAACUGAAUAAAUUUUGAAUUUGAAUUAUAUUUCAAGCGUGUUGUCCUUGAGUUACGACGGUUCAUUUAGUGACCGUUUGAAAGUCCCUUUUUUCAGGGCCAGUUGAAGUUGGACCAGCCCUGAAAAAAGAGACAAUGCGAUCCGAUUCCUCAACAUAAUUAAACAUCAUUUAGUCUUCCCUCUUCCAAGAACAGAAACCUUCAACUAAAGAGGAUUCCAUAUAAAACCAUAUGUCCUUGACUUACAACUGCAGCUGGCACCAGCGUUUCCGUCACUAAGCGAAGAGGCUCCCACUUGUUUAAACGACCUUUUCCCCCCAUGCACUUUAAGAGAGCCGCCGCAGCAGUUGUUAAGUGAAUUGUGUGGCCAUUAAGCAAAUCCUUGACUUGGCUUGCCCAAAGCCAGCUGAAAAGGUCGUAAAAGGAGACCCCCGGGGCUCUCCAGCCAUCUUAAAUAAGAGUCCGUUGCUGAGCACCUGCGUGUUUGAUCCUACGACUGCGGGGAUGCGGUGACGGUCAUUUUUCAGUACCGCUGUGACUUCAAAUGGCCGCUAAGCGAACUGUUGUAAGUCAAGGACUACCUCUACUGAUAAUCUUCCAGGGAAUUGGGGAACAGUGCAGAGGUAAGACAGACGGCAAAUAAAUGUAAUAAUAAAAUCAAAAUGGCGAAAGUGCCUAUUUCCAUAAACAGUUAGUCCUUGGCUGACAAGCACAAUUGAACCCCAAAAAUUUCUGGGGUCAAAAAAAGCGAGACGUUUGUUAAGGGCAUUUUGUGACAUCUCCUGCCGCGGUUGUUAAGUAAAUUGUUAUGCUUGUUAACCGUGAGUCACAUGGUUAUUAAGUGAAUCCAGCUUCCUGUUUAUUGGAAGGUCGCAAAAGGGGAUCACGGGAUGCAGCGACCGUCGUAAAUAUGAGCUGGAUACCCAGCGUCGGAAUUUUGACAGGUUGUAAGUGAAAAAACAGUCCUUUUUUGGGGGGCCGUUGUAACUUUGAGCGGUCACUAAAUGAACCGUUGUAAAUUGAGGAGUAACUACCGGGCGGCAUGGGGAGACAUGGCGUCAUAAGCACUGGUGGUACCCUCGUAAAUUUGUCCCCUCUCUUCAUCCUCCCCAGCAGGCAUCUCAACGGGAUGCAACGCCCGCCCGUCGUUGUCUUCCACCGAUGCCCGCUGAUUCCGACCAAAUCUUUGACCGGGAGGACCAAGCGGCCGAGAUCGCCCUGACCUUGGUGGCCUCCUUCCAAGCCAUGGAGAAGAAGGUGGAUUCGCACACAAGCCGCCUGCUGGACCUGGAAGGCAGAACCGGGACGGUGGAGAAAAAGGUUCUGGAUUGCGAGAAGACGACAGGGGAGAUCGGCGGCCGGCUGGAGAGCAAGUGGGCCGCGUUGGGGACUCUCAUUCAGGAAUACGGCCUGCUGCAACGCCGUUUGGAAAACAUGGAGAACCUGUUGAAGAACCGCAACUUCUGGAUCCUGCGCUUCCCGCCAGGUUCUAAGGGCGAGACCCCGAAAGUGCCUCUGACCUUUGACGACAUGUCGGUCUACUUCAACGAGAAGGAAUGGGAGAAACUGGAAGAGUGGCAGAAGGAACUCUACAAGAAUUUGAUGAAGGGCAACCACCAGUCCCUGGUGUCUCUGGAUUAUGCUAUUUCCAAGCCAGGCAUAUUGUCCCAGACUGAGCGGAUGACCGACUCAUGCCAUGGAGAGGAUCAGGACUCAGAAGAACAGGGAAGACUUCCCGAUGCCACAGCAGCUGGCAUUAGGGUGGUGAUCAAAACGGAAGAGCCUCAUUCUGACGAAUGUCCCGGAGAUCUGGAGCAACAUCAGAUAUCCAGGAGUUCGGAGGGAGAUUUCCAAGGUCUGGAGCCCGAAGCCCCCUGCGGCAGCCCCUACAGCGCGGCCACCCCGUUGGGAAACUUUGCCGGGAAUAACCUGGAGGAAGGAAGUGAGUAUGACGUGAACUUCGGCGAGAUCAAGAGAGUCACUGUGCAGCACAGCAACUGUACAGACGACGGUAUCGUAAUCAAAAUGGAGGAAGAAGAGGAAGAGGAGGAGGAGGAAGAAGAGGAGGAGGAGGAAGAGGAGGAGGAAGAAGAGGAGGAGGAAGACCCCGUCAGCUUGGAGACCCGGGGGUUGUUUUCAUCCCGGGCUGAGCCACCCUGCUCGCUGACUUGCAACGUGGAGGUUCUACGGGAAGAACAGAGGGUGACCAAACCACCCCGACCCACCGUGGGGAUCUGCGCCCCACUCUGUGAGAGAGACAAUAGUGUUGAAAUGCGGCCGGUCACCUUGCAGCAGCGAAACCGGACGCGUGAGCGGCCGUACAUCUGUCCAGACUGCGGCAAGAGCUUCAUGCUGCGGAUCAACUACAUGAUCCAUCAGCGUAACCAUCUCAAGGAAGGGCCCUACGAGUGCCACGCCUGCGACCUCAGCUUCCGCCUCAAGCAGCAGUACCUCCUGCACCAGCGGCUGCACACGGCGCGGCGUGGGGUGGCUCCUCCGCCCCGCCGCGGACAGACCUACUCUAACAAGCGUAGCUUCAAGCAACAGCCUCAGCCGCCCCCACCGCCCGGCAAGCCCUACAAGUGUAGCGAGUGCGACAGCAGCUUCAGCCACAAGUCGAGCUUGAGCAAGCACCAGAUCACGCACGUUGGCGAGCGCCCGUACUCGUGUGGUGAGUGCCGGAAGAGCUUCCGGCUGCAGAUCUCGCUGGCCAUGCAUCAGCGGGUGCAUGCUGGCAAACCCGAGCUUUCCUUCAUCUGCCCGCAGUGCGGGAAGGCCUUCAGUCGGCCGUCCCACCUGCUGCGACACCAACGGACUCACACGGGCGAGCGACCGUACAAAUGUAGCCAGUGCGACAAGACGUUCAGCGAGAAGUCGAAGCUGACCAACCACUACCGUGUGCAUACCCGCGAGCGGCCCCACGCCUGCAGUGAGUGCGGCAAGGGUUUCAUUCGCAAGCACCAUCUGCUCGAGCAUCAGCGUAUCCACACGGGCGAACGGCCGUACCACUGUACUGAGUGCGGGAAGAAUUUCACCCAGAAGCAUCACCUGCUCGAGCACCAGCGGGCACACACUGGCGAGCGGCCGUACCCAUGUACGGAGUGCGCCAAGUGCUUCCGCUACAAGCAGUCGCUCAAGUAUCACUUGCGGACACACAUGGGAGAGUGAGGGACCCUCCCUGUUUCCUGCCCCCCCUCCCCUCAAAGCCAGCCCCGGUAUUCGGGUUCAGAGGACAAUCGGGGAGAGGGGGAAGGACGUCCUGCAGAGAUACCUACCUCUCUGCUCACUGAAGCACUAAAUUGAGGUCCCUCCCUCCAAGCCAGUAACAGGUUUCUGGCUCAACUAACCCUCAUCUCUUCCAGCACCGUAACCUUGAUGGACACAAACUAUAUUCUCCACGCUUCUGGCUUCCUUGACCCCUCCCCCUCCUGUUCUUUUUGAUAAUAAAUGUGGAGCCUGAUUUAUUUGGUAA